AUGCGCAGCCACCCCGCAGGUGGGCCUGGCGAGCGGCGCGCAGGGGGAUGCGCAGCCGCCCGCAGUGGCCGGGCCACGGGCGCGGCAGUGGUCCGUGUGCCGCCCCACGCGGGGAUGCGAGCCAGCCCGACAGGGAGCCCGGCGAGCGGCGCAAGCAGGGGGUCUACGUGCCGCCCGUCAUGGGGAUGCGAGCCUGCCCCGCAGCAGGGGUCUUCAUGCCGACCUGUACGGGUCUCCGCGAGAUGGGCGCGCAGUGGGCACGCGAGCCGCCCCGCAGCAUGCACGCGUGCCGCCCGCAACUGGGACGUGAGCCACCGCAGGGGUCCGCGUGCCACCGCACGGGGUCCGGCGAGCGGCGCGCGGGGGCACGCGCGCGCCGCCCAUUCGGUCCGGCGAGUCGGCGCAGUAUGGGUCCGCGAGCGGCUCGGCCAGCGUGGCACGCGAGCCACCCCCGCAGGGGAACACGUGCCGCCCCGGCACAAGGUCCGCGAGCCGGGGCGCGCAGUAACAUGCGCAGCCGACCCGCAGGGGCCCAGUGAAGCCGGCGCGCAGGGACCGCGAAGCGGGCGCGCGGCGGGCACGCGAGCCGCCCCGCAGGGGGCCUGGCGAGCCGGCGCCCGUGGGUCCGCGUGCCGCCCCGCCGUGGGGAUGUGGAGCCACCCCACGUGGAGCCCAGAAGCCGGCGCGCAGGGGGUCUACGUGUCGCGCGGCAGGGGGAUGCGAGCCACCGCAGAGGAUCUUCAUGCGCACCCCGCACGGGUCCGCGAACAUGGGCGCGCAGUGGCACGCGAGCCACCCGCGAAGGUCCGCGAGCGGGGUCUACGUGCUAGCUCGCAGUGGACGCGAGCCGGCCCGCAGAAUGCACGCGCUGCCAACCCGCAGCUGGGACGUGAGUCGCCCCGCAGGAGGUCCGCGUGCCGCCCCGCACGGGUCCGCGAGCAGCGCCGCAGGCACGCGCGCCGCCGCGUGGCUGUCCGGCGACGGCCGCGCAGGGCCUCGCGCGCGCCCGCCGCGGGGUCCGUGUGCCGUACCCCGCAGUGGAAGCGUGCCACCGCCGGGGUCCGCGUGCCGCCCCCAUUUAGUCCGCGAGCGGCGCGCAGGGGGCUCCGCGUGCCCGCCCGCAGGGGUAGCGGCCACCACGGGGUCCGCACAGCCCCCAUUUAG